ACUUGAGCAGCUAGAGCAACCGAAAAAAACCAUUGUUUGUUGUGUGGUGGCAUUUUUUCUCAAGCCGCAACGUAACAUUAUUUAAUUCGCGGCCUCGAAGAAUACCGGGAAUACCAGGUUCUCGAUGGCAACGCCGGCCAUUGUGAAUUUAAACAGAAUUUCCGCGUACGUAACAGUCAGUACCGAUCUGAACAUUAUGUUCCAGCAACGGUUCCAGGUCUUGUCCUGUCAGUGUAAAGUUCUGAGGCUGCAGUUUGCUCAUGUAUCAAAAAUGGCAAGCCGGAUUAACAAACUAUUCAAAACACUGCAGACUGGUGUUUCAAAACUUAUCGGGAAAGGCUCCGAGGAAGCCAAUGAGGUGCAAAACGCGGCAUACAAUACAUUGGCUCAACUGGCUAUCGUUUGUCCGGCUGUGAAUACGAUGUCCAACUCGUUUCUUCCUAUUUUGAUCAUCUGUCACAGGAACCGGUCUAAUUGCAUACGCCCGAUAAGAGGCGCCUUUGGUAGGGCUCAGGCGAUUUUCGACUGGAGGAAGCAACCAAAAAUUCCUGGCGAUACCGUACUGACUAAGGGAGAAAAGGACACCGUCAUGAUGACAGAGGACGAUUCGUCCCGCAUUCCAAUCAAAAGUGUUGUAAAGAUUCUGUUCCGUCGAGGUAUUUGUGGAGAAAGUGCUCAGUUGAAGGAAAGGAUGACAACCUAUUUGUUUGGAGUUUCCAAGAAAGAACAUCCAAACUAUGGGUCAACUCUUUUGACAACUGUAAACAACCGACAGAGAAGAAUCAGUCCAAAAAUCUGUUCUCAACUACUCAUGAACCAUAAUGGAUUGUGCUUCCGUGUUUCAAGGAGAAAACAAAGAAUUUAUACGUUGGGAUCUUCGCUGAAGGAAAUCUCCGAACCGAUCAGAGCACUGUUUGUGAAUGUAUACUUAUACGAUGUGCUUUUGGUCUUGAAAUGUGACGAGCAGGAGCUGGAGGCGCAAAUCAAGGAGCUGCUGGCUCUGACAAUAAACCUGGAAAAUCGGGAUCGUUCCAUUAUAGCGGCUCUCAAUAUCAUCAAACGUAAGCUCAUUUUGACGACCUGA